AUGGAGGACUAUCCGAAAACCGAAGCAACAUUCAAGCAGAAGCUUUCCAUCUUUCUGGUCUUCACCAAGAAGGGACGGAAAUUCAUAAGCGAUCUUAAAUACACCGGGAACCUCUUAACGGACUACAACCUCACCGCUUCGAGAGGGAGGUACCAACACAUUCAUUUCAACACCGGGGAAGAAAAACGACAAGGACUCCGCGAGGUGGAAGAGGUUCUGCACGGAGUCCAAUUCAAGGGGAGAGAUCCAUUCAGAGGAGCUCUCACUUUAGAGUACCUCGUCAUCCGAUCGAACGAGGCAAGCGCGGACGUAAUGGAGAUGCUGAAUGGCACACUGGCUAUGCUGUAUUAUGAUUUGCAUGUUACUCCAAAGGUUGUGUCCGAGGAGCUGGUGAGGAAUCUCGGUCUGACUUUGGUCGGAGUGUUCGGGGUGACAUUGGUGCUGAUUGGAGACUUGCAGGUCUCUAUUUGGGUUUUCUCCUGCGUUCUUUUCACCCUGAUCGGAAUCGCGGGCAGCAUGCGAUUCGCCGGACUUACCAUCGAGCUCAUGUCGUCAGUUCUUCUCAUCUUGUCUGUCGGCUUGGCGAUCGACUAUUCCACGCACAUCGCUCACAAAUUCUUGGCUACUCCUGGCGAUUCUAAAGACGACCGAGUGAGAAUCACCUUGGCAGAAAUUGGUCCACCCGUUUUCAAUGGAGGUUUUACGACAAUGAUGGCUUUUGUGUUUUGUCUUUGGAGCGAAAAUUAUCUCUUCCAGAUUACCCUCAAGGUCAUCUGGUUUUCGGUGAUAUAUGGAUUGUAUCACGGAUUGGUUUACCUGCCGGUGAUGCUGAGCUGGUUCGGUCCACAAGCUUUCGUUGACUCGCUGCAUUCAACCAAGAAUAGCCCUGCCCAGAACGACCUCAAUCUCAGUCUAAUGGAGGCUCCAGAGACGCCUACCGCCAGAAUGACAUCUUGAAGUAGAACGUUUGUCUGGAAGGACAGGAGUGGGGAUUCUCCGAUCGGAAAUCAUUCAAGACGGAAGGCAAAGGGGGAAACUGCAAGGAAGGAAUCGUCUUCCGUCUCUCCGAGUCGCAAUGAGACCGAGUGCUGCGCUUGGACGUGUCAGCCUCGGCGUCCCAGUAUCAGCUGACUUUCGUCUGUUUCAAAAUCUCAUCUGUGAUGCAAUCUACCGGGACUGCGGGCUCCAUCGAGACGCUUAUACAAGCUGGGAGUUCUGGGGAAAUCCCGGCGAGAUGGCUUUGGGCUCGUUUUCAUUUCUUCUAUGGAGCUUGUGACGUGUG